GAAGUCGAGUAGUUCACCAGUUCACAUUUAAUGAUAUCUGUGCAUGUUCGAUAGCUUGCUAUUCGACGACGGAAAGCUAACUGUUCAGUUAGUGAGCUAAGCGUUAGCUGGCUAAUCCAGCAAAGAAGAAGACUCAUUAAUUUACAACAAGCGAGCUUAAUUUUCAAGAUGAGCGAACAACUGAAGUUCAUCGUUGAGCAACUUAACAAAGACCCAUUUAAGAAGAACUUUAACCUCAUCACGUUUGACUCCCUCGAACCGAUGCAGCUGCUUCAGAUUUUGAAUGAUGUUUUGGCUGAAAUAGACCCAAAGCAAGCCAUAGAUAUCCGUGAAGAAAUGCCUGAACAAACCAUAAAGAGAAUUUGUGCGCUGCUGGGAAUGCUGAAAUACAAACCUCCCAGCAACCUCUCUGAUGUGAGCAGCUUUAGACAAGGUUUGGUGACUGGCAGCAAGCCUGUGAUUCACCCCAUCCUGCACUGGCUGCUACAGAGGGUUCCUGAACUGAAGAAAAGGGCUUAUUUGGCUCGGUUUCUAGUCAAACUGGAGGUGCCUUCGGAGUUUCUGCAGGAUGAUAUUAUCAAUGACACCUAUCACCAGUAUGAAGAGCUUGUGGAAGGUUUUAAGACUUAUCACAAGGAGUGUGAGCAGCUGAGGACUUCAGGCUUUUCCACAGCAGAAAUCAGAAAGGACAUUGGUGCAAUGGAGGAGGAGAAAGACCAACUAAUCAAACGUGUUGAGAGGCUGAAGAAGAGGGUGGAGUCAGUGUCCAACCAUCAACGGAUGCUGGAGCAGGCCAGACAGCUGCGAGUGGAGAAGGAGAGAGAGGAGUCACUUACUCACCAGAAACAAGAACAGAAGAACCAACUGUUCCAGGCGGAGCAGAGACUGCAGAGGUUGCAGCAGCAGUUGAAGGAUUUGCGACAGGCAGCCGCAGAUGCCAAUCCAGAGAGCUUAAUGAAGAGGCUCGAAGAGGAGAUUAAGAUCAACUCCUACAUGGUCUCUGAGAAGCUCCCUAAAGAGCUGGACAGUAUGAGGCGUACAGUGCAGUACCUGCAGAAAAUAGCGUCAGAGCCUGCCAUGGGCCAGGCCGAUCUCCAGGAGCUGGAGGACAAGAUAAAGGAAGUUGAUUUCCAGAUAAACCAGCUGAUUGAGAAAAGGAUGAUGAGAAAUGAUCCCAUGGAUGACAAACUGACGCUUUACAGGCAACAGGCCUCGAUUAUCAUUCGAAGGAAGGAGUCAAAGGCAGAGGAGCUUCAGGAAGCAAGAGAGGAGCUGGCCGCAGCAGAGAGGGAGCUGAGACAGAGGACCAGCCGGGCACAAGCCUCGGAUGGGGAGGAGGUCGUCCAUGGUGAUGAGCUGAAACGUAUGGUGAUAAAAUUGCGCAGCAAGGGAACAGUAUACAAGAAGAAGCGUCAGGAAAUUGCGGAACUGAAAGCAGAGUAUGGAGUCCUGCAACGGACAGAAGAAAUUCUCAAGCAGAGACAUGAGACCAUCCAACAGAAACUGCAAACUAUGGAGGCUGAGAAGGGUAUCUCUGGCUACAGUAACACUCAGGAGGAACUGGAGAGGGUGUCAGCCAUCAAGAGUGAGCUGGACGAGAAGAAGGGCCGCACACUGGAUGAUAUGUCUGAAAUGGUGAAGAAAUUAAACUCUAUGAUAGUGGAGAAGAAGUCAGCCCUAGCACCAAUUAUAAAAGAACUGAGGUCACUGAGGCAGCAGAGUCAGGAACUAAGCCAGGAAUAUGAGGAAAAGAAGGCCCAAUACGAAAGUUGUACUGCCGGUUUGGAGAGCAACAGAUCUAAAUUGGAGCAGGACGUGAAAACAUUGAGAGAAGAGACGGCACAGGAGGAAAACCGAUAUCAUUACAUCAACUGCAUGGCAGAGAUUGUUGAAAUGCAAAUACAGCGGGCAGCUGAAGAGAUGAAGGCCUACGUGUCCUCUGAUCCACAAGAGAGGAAGAAAACCAUCAGGGAGGUGUACAUGAAGAACAUUUCAGAGCAGGAGUUACUUGGCAAGAAGUUACGUGAGAAGCAGAAGAUGGUGAGGGAGAGCCACGGUGCCAACAUGGAGCAGAUGAAGAUGUGGCGUGACCUGGAGCAGCUGAUGGAGUGCAAGAGGCAGUGCUUCAUAAGAGCUCAGAGCCAGGCAUCCAUUGGUCAGGUCAUCCAGGAGGGAGGAGAGGAUAGGCUGGUUCUGUGAGGACACAUCUAGGCAGGCUCAACUGCAGGUCACCCACAGUACAUUCACUAGACAGAGUUCAAUCUUUUGACAAUAUAGAUGUUAUAUGUAAGUGCUAAUGGACACUAUGAUUCAAAUAAAAGGCACAAAGUUUGCGCAAGGGUUUCAUGGUUAACUAGGCUUCAUGUUUCCAUCCAUCUCAUCUCACACACGCUGCCAUCACUCGAUAGUUUCUCUUGUGCAAGAGCCAGACUAGUAACUUAUUAGCAAUGAGUAUAAGACCUUUUGAGGAUCCACACCUUUAAAAACACAUGCCUGGAGAGGUGUUGGCGGACAUGCAUUUUCACUUUCAUUUUACCACUUCUUUAAGGAUACAUGUUCAAAGUGUUUGAAGAUAACGGCAUACAAAGUGGUGCACUUGGGAUGUGGUCAUGAACAACUAUUUUUGGCAACAACUACCAUGACCUGAGAGACAGUGUCUUGCCAAUUUUGGAAUUCACUGGGACCUUUGGACAUCACAGCUAAUAAAGUAAUGUUGUUCAGCUUGUGUCUAUUUUCUAUCACAACAUAUGCUAUUUUUCUACAAUAGAUCCUUAUUUCAAGAUAACCUUUAACAUAGCUACAUGUUUUGGUUGUUUGUGUAUUUCUAUUAAAGGUAUUUCAUAUUCA